AUCGCCCUUUAGACCGGUGGUGGAGACACGUAGCUGUCUUGACAGAUGCCAGUAUCCGCGAGAAAGCUCUGGCGGGAGUAACAAAGCUUCACUGUCUCUAAACCUUUGUUACGCUGCUCUUUCUCUAUCACGUCUGAUUCCAGUAAAAGCGGACAAACAGGGAAAGAAAGGGAAAGCGGAUGAAUGAGUGUAAUGCUCGCUGACGCUCAGUGUUGUUGACACAUACUCGGCUAGCUCACAGGCUAGCGCUCCCAAAACUUGAGGAGGAGAAAUGUCUCCGGACGACAACCCUCACACCCUCCUGGGCAGGAUACGCUUCUUAAACAGGUGUAUAGAGUGUUUCCGAAAAAGUGAGCCUCUGCCGGAGUCCCUGUGUUACGUGCCGAAGGAGGUUUGCUAUAAGAUCUGUAAGGACUCGUCUUCGGGCUCCGCUUCCGCGUCCUCGUCUACAGCGGGCAACUCGGGUGGCAAGAGUGUGGUGUCGGUGUGGGACAGCCCGCACCAGGCGCCACACAAGAAAUCGUGCAGGUGUAACAUCGAGCCCAAGAAAGGAACGUGCAUACGGACAACAGGGGAAGAGUACUGCAACAGCCACGGCCUGUGGGUCAAAAUAAACAAGGAGCAACUGGAGGAGUAUCGGGCAGGUGUGGACAUUGAGGAAGGCUGGAUCCUGGUUUGCAAACACACUGAAGGAGGCGACAGACUUGUCCCAGUCGAAUCUCCUGACACUAUCAGCCGGCAACAGCAGCUCUUUGGAUAUGACCACAAGCCUUGUAACAGGUGGGAGCAGGUGGUGGAUGUGGAGAACUCAUUACACAUGGGUGCCAAACCCAAGGUGGCAGAGGCAGACGAGGCUGCUGUUCGAAAGCUGAGGUAUGUGCCUCCGACAUGGACGUUUGAAUGUGACGAGGACCUCGUGCACUACUUCUAUGACCACAUUGGGAAGGAGGAUGAAAAUCUAGGCAGUGUGAAGCAAUGUGUGACCAGCAUUGACGUGUCUUCUAGUUCGGAGGACCCCAGUGGUGGAGCAAGCUGUCUGACAGAUGGAGACACGGAGACGUACUGGGAGAGUGAUGGCAUGCAGGGACAGCACUGGAUCCGUCUGCACAUGAGGAGAGCCACUGUGGUCAACAAACUGAUAUUAACAGUGGACUCAACAGAUGACAACUACAUGCCCAAAAGAGUGACCGUGUACGGUGGAGAGGGGGAUAAUCUCAAGAAAUACAGUGAUGUAACCAUAGACGACACCUUAAUAGGUGAGGUGUGUGUUUUGGAGGACAUGACAUCACAUUUACCAGUUAUAGAGGUCAGGAUUGAGGAAUGCAGAGAUGAGGGAAUCGACGUACGGAUCAGGGGUCUAAAGAUCAAAUCGUCCUGCGAACGUGACCUGGGCCUGAAUGCAGAUGUGUUCCAAUCUCCAAAUCUAGUGCGCUAUCCGAGAUUGGAGGGCACACCACCUGAUGUCCUCUACCGCCGUGCACUGGUGAUUCAGAGGUUCAUCACACUUCUGGACAGUCUAUUGCCUCAUAUGGUGCCUGCAUGGGACUACAGUCUGGGAACAUUCAACCAGAUCAAAAGCAUAAAGCAGUUCCUGCUGUUGUCCAAGCGUCGCUCUGCGCUCAUCACCCAGUGCCUGAAGGACUCCGAGACCAGUAAGCCUAACUUCAUGCCCCGCCUUUACAUCAACCGUCGCCUUGCCAUGGAGCACCGGGACAAUCCCACUCUGGACCUCACAUGCAAAAAUGCUGUUUUAACUCAGGUUUAUGAGGGUCUGAAACCAUCUGACAAAUAUGAAAAGACUCUGGACUACAGGUGGUCCGCGAGAUAUGACCAGUGGUGGGAGUGUAAAUUCAUUGCAGAAGGCAUAAUCGAUCAAGGCGGAGGGUUUCGAGACAGCCUGGCAGACAUGUCUGAAGAGCUCUGUCCCAGUUCGUCAGAGUGUCCCAUGCCUCUACCAUUCUUCACUCGCACAUCUAACCAGGGAGCUGGAGAAGCCAGAGACUUCUAUGUGCCAAAUCCUUCAUGCAGAGAAUUCCACAAGUUUGAGUGGAUUGGGCAGCUAAUGGGCGCAGCUCUUCGUGGAAAAGACUUUCUGGUUCUGGCUUUACCAGGGCUGGUGUGGAAGCAGCUGAUUGGAGAAGCGGUCAGCUGGACUAAAGACUUUCCUGCUGUUGAUUCAGUUUUAGUGAAGCUGCUGGAGGCAAUGGAGCACAUGGACAGGGAGACGUUUGACUUUAAGUUUGGCCAGGAGCUGGUGUACACCACACCCCUGAGCGACGGGCGACUUGUGGAGCUCAUUCCUGGAGGAAGCGGAGUGGUGGUUCGAUAUGAGGAUCGCGUGGAGUUCAUUCGCCUCGUACAGAAAGCAAGACUAGAAGAGAACCGAGAACAGAUAUCUGCCAUGCAGGCAGGAUUGGUGAAAGUGGUGCCACAAGCUGUGCUUGAUCUCCUGACAUGGCAGGAAGUGGAGAAGAAAGUGUGUGGAGACCCAGAGAUCACAGUGGAGGCCCUUAAACGCCUCACACGAUAUGAAGACUUGGAGCAAACAGAUGUCAGAGUGCAGUACUUAUGGGAAGCGCUGAUGAACUUCACUAAUGAGGAUCGUAGCAGGUUUUUGAGGUUUGUGACCGGCAGAAGUCGACUUCCUGCACCCAUCUACAUCUUCCCAGACAAACAAGGGUCUGAAACCGAAGAUGCACUUCCUCAAUCUUCCACAUGUUCCAGCACCCUUUAUCUGCCCAAAUACCCAAGUGCUAAAGUUUGUGAAGAGAAGCUUCGCUAUGCUGCAUAUAACUGUGUGGCCAUUGACACAGACAUGAGCCCAUGGGAGGAGUGAUUGCAACUGAUUUUGCCAUGUUUACUAAUUUUACACACAGGAUUUUGGCAUAAAUGAACUGUAGCCUUCAGCAUCGUGCACAUGACCAUGUCUACACUGUUGCCAAUUACAUCUGUACAGUAUAAAUAAAUAUGUUAUACACAA